GUGGCCAUGUCUACGCUACCACUCCGUCGUCUUGGGAAAAAUGGUCCUCAGGUAUCCGCCAUAGGCUUUGGCGCCAUGGGGCUAAGCGUCUCAUACGGCAAGGUUGACGAAAACAGCUCACGUUUCGAGGUUCUAGACAAGGCCUUGGAGUUGGGAACAACAUUCUGGGAUACCUCCGAUGUGUAUGGAGAUAGUGAGGAUCUUCUACGGUUGUGGUUUGAACGCACAGGAAACCGUGAGAGAAUAUUCCUCGCCACUAAGUUCGCAGUUACCAAAGAUGCAGACGGCAAGGCUACGGUCAGGUCUGAUGCGAGCUAUGUUAAGCAAGCUUGCGAUAAGAGCUUGAAGAGGCUUGGAGUUGAAAGGAUCGAUCUUUACUAUUGCCAUCGUAUGGAUAAGACUACACCAAUUGAGAAGACAGUCGCAGCGAUGGCCGAACUCAAGAAGCAGGGCAAAAUUGGAGCGAUAGGCUUGAGUGAAGUUUCCGCUGCUACCAUUCGGCGUGCGGAAAAGUUCCACCAUAUCGAUGCGGUACAACUUGAGUACAGUCCCUUCAUGCUGGACAUCGAGUCGCCUGAAAUAUAUGUAUUGCGUACCUGCCGGGAACUAAGCAUUGCAAUAAUUGCCUACAGUCCUCUCGGAAGAGGCUUUUUAAAUGGUCAAGUCAAGUCACCGGAUGACUUUGAAGAAGGCGAUUUCAGAAAACAUGCACCAAGAUACAGCAAAGAGAACUUCCCGAAGAAUUUACGCCUCGUGGAGAAUCUUCAGAAACUUGCAAUAGAGAAGGAGUGCAUUCCUGGACAACUAACUCUGGCGUGGAUUCUUGCUCAAGGCGAGGAUGUUAUCCCGAUUCCUGGAACGAAGAAGGUGAAAUAUUUGGAAGAGAACGUCAACGCAGCCAAGAUCAAACUGUCGCAUACCGAGAUUCAGAACAUCCGAGCUGAGAUUGAAAAGGUCGAAGUCGUGGGCGACAGGUAUCCCGCAUUCUUUCAACAGUACAGCUUUGGAGACACUCCGCCUCUCAGGGAGACAUGAGGCCGGUAUAAAACGGCGGAGAUUGUCCUCUGGAGGGUAUAUUCGUGUCAUCUCUUUAGGGCCAAAGUACGUAGUGGCAUAUCCGUGUGCCCGAACUCAGAUGAGUUGGUGUUGAGCUUUUCAAAUGGCUCGUUGAUAUAUACAUCUACUAGCAUACCCACCCGCCGUCAAUAACUUGUACAGUACCAGUGAUAUAUUGCGUCUCAUCACAGAGCAACCACGUAAUCAACGACGCAACUUCCUGUGACUCUCCUUUUCUCAUGAUCUGACAUUUCCAAACUUGCUCUCCACCUCUUGCAGCCACGGAUUUCUGCUGCAUUGGACCCUCAAUCAUGCCA